UCGGAAUUCGCCUCCGUGUCCUUAUACGCACAAAGUACUGAACUGCAGUACCUACUCUACGCGUAUUGUUUUUCAUUUAUCUUCUUUCCCGCGCCUCUUUCCGUUUCACUCGAGACGAAUAGCGACUAUUAUAUUAUGCAUUAGUGUAUACACAUGUACCUACAACUAAUAGCUAACGUUUAAACGAUAAUAAUAAUAAUAUUUUAAGUUUAAUUUUUCGUCUAUGAAAGGAAAGUUAAUAAUAUGAUCGACAAUUGAGACCUAACACGCGAUAGAUAAUAUCGAAAACCACCUAGUCGAUAAUUAUACACUAUAUAUAAACUAUACACUCUGCAAAAGCGAAGCCAAUAUUUUAAGCUCUCCGGGUUUUAUUGCGUGUUCACUAAGAAAAUGCAAUAUGCUUACGUUGCGCUUUUUAGUCAGCCACAAUUCAAAAAUCAUAAAUAAUAAUGAUAAUAAUAUUUAUUAUUUGUUUUCAUUGUUUCGUAAUUGCAGUUUGUGCAGUAAAAUGACGUUAGCGAAAAUGGAUCAGAGGUUCCAGUUGAUCACUCAUCACAGGGAUGACAAACAGACCGAACCACCAAGAGCGCUCAAUCCGGUGAUCAAUAAUUCUAAGCCGAACAAAGUUCUGUUUUGUCUGUCCAACCAGGUGGGCACGGUGAUCCUGUACGGGGUGCCGAUCGUCUCGCUGCAGAUGGACAACCAGGAGCGGCUGUGCCUGGCCCAGAUCAGCAACACGCUGCUGCACCGGUUCAGCUACAACGAGAUCCACAACCGGCGCGUGGCGCUGGGCAUCACUUGCGUGCAGUGCACGCCGGUGCAGCUGGAGAUGCUGCGCCGGGCGGGCGCCAUGCCGGUGUCGUCGCGCCGGUGCGGCAUGAUCACCAGGCGCGAGGCAGAGAGGCUGUGCAACUCGUUCCUGGGCGAUAACACGCCGCCCCGGCUGCCCGACGACUUUGCAUUCGCGGUGCACCACGAGUGCGCAUGGGGCUGCCGCGGCUCGUUCUUGCCGUCCCGGUACAACUCGUCCCGGGCCAAGUGCAUCCGUUGCGCCGUGUGCGGUCUGUUCUUCUCGCCCAACAAGUUUAUAUUCCACUCGCAUCGCACGGGCGCGGGGGCGCGGUACGUGCAACCGGACGCUGCCAACUUCAACUCGUGGCGCCGGCACAUGAAGCUCAGCGACGACCCUCCCGACCACGUGGUGCACGCGUGGGAGGACGUCAAGGCCAUGUUCAACGGCGGCACCCGAAAACGGGCCGUGUCCAGGCCGUCGCCGCCGUCACUAUUGCAACAACAGCACCAACAGCAACAGCAACAGCCGUCGCAACCGCUGCUGGCGCCGCAUUCACGACAGCAGUCGUCGGCUUCGUCGUCGCCACCGUCGUCGUCAUCGUCGGCCGCAGCCGCCGCCGCCGCGGUAAUCGUGCAAAUGCCUCAGCCCGUCAUCCAGUCUGCGGCUCACCUGCACCACCAUCAUCAGCAUCACCAACACCACCAACACCGGUCGCCGGAACUGCAGCACAAGAAACCGGCGCCGGUGCCGCCGGUACAGGUGCCGUCCAUGCCGCUACACCAGGCCAUGGUCGAUUACGUGUGGCAACAACGGGCCAACCCGUUUGCUGUGGCCGCGGCCGCUGCAGCAGCGUAUUCCGCGGGUGGCGGCCUGCCCUGUUGGCUGCCCAAACUCGAGCUGGAUCCACACCAUCACAACGCGCUGGUCAACCGGAGCUCCGUCGCGGCCGAUUAUUCUUCCGCUUUCAGGCCUGUGUACCCGGUUACCGUGGCCGCGGCUGCUGCUGCCGCCGCCGCAGCCGCCGCCGCUGCGUCCAAGUCGGUUGAUGGCGAAGGAGCUGAUGACGGCGACGACGACGAACCCGGUGGCGGCGGUUGUUGCGUGGACGAAGUGGACGACGAUGACGACGAAGACGACGACGACGACGAAAUAGACAUCGAAACGUGUCCCGACGAGAGAAACACGUAGGACCGACAGGCGGCCAUUUAUUUUUUUGAUUUUUUGUAUGAUUAUUUUUUUUAUAGUUAUAUACUCUACCUUUGUUUAUCAAGCGAUACGUACGCGAUUAAUGCGCGAUAUUAUUAAUUAUCGACGAGUUCAGGUCUCAGUUCAGUUCAGUUCACUUCGGUUCAGUGCGUCUAAUAGUAUGAAAAUAGCAAGUGGACGAAUUUCGAAACGUAAAACCUGUUUUUGUUUUUAACCUCGCAUCUGAUAAUGUAAUAUCACCAGAUAGGGUAUCUUACGUUUUCAAAAAAAAAAAAAUCGUUAAUCGUUAUGUUUUGGACUUAGGUACUGUACACUUCGUGUGAAAAGUAAGAUUGGCGAAGUUAUUUAGUACAACAUCAGUAUAUAUAUCUUCGGGGUGACGUAGAAUAUUUGUUGACCUAAAGUAUUCUAUAAAUUUAUAGGUAUAUUAUCAUUAUUUAUUUUUUAACGAAAGUUUUUACGAA